AUGGAAACUGUUCUUGUCAUUGGGUCAACCGGUAAUAUUGGCGUCGCUGCCAUAAUUGGCGCCUUGCGUUCACAGCGUACCGUUCUGGCCAUUGUCCGCAACCAAGCCUCUGCUGAAAAACUGUACCAACAUGCCGGGACACGAGAGGGAAUCACCACUGUCGAGGCCGACAUAACAUCCGUGAGUGGGAUUGAAGGUGUUGUUGCUCAGGUCAAGGCUGGCAAGUUACCAGCAUUUCAACAUGUCUAUUCAGCCGCGGGCGGAAAGUACGACAUGACACCUCUGCAUGAAAUAAGCAACGAGGAAUUGAGGGAGUCGCUGAAUGUCAACUUUGAGACAAACUUCUUUGCAUACCGAGCUACAAUCCCGUAUUUGCUGAAAAAAAACAACCCAAAUAGCACCUGGACUCUUUGCACCGGCGCUCAGGGCGAUGGCGGUAUGCGUGCUGGUCCGGCAAUGACACAGGGUACGCUAUUCUCCAUGGCCAAUGUGGCCUGCCGCGAUAAUGAACAAACGAACAUUCGUUUCAACGAGGUCUAUCUCGGCUUGCGUGUGGAAGUCGACGAGUCAGCAGAGAAGACAGGCUUCUUUAAAGCAUCGCAUUUUGCUAAGAAUUACCAGGAGAUCCUUGCUAGGAAGGAGAUUCGCAGCUGUCGGCUAACUGUGCUUGAAAAGAAGGACAUUACGGACCUUAAGUUUAAGGAGAAGAGACUUGAUUUGGUUAUGCACAAAGAUAAUUAA